UGUUGUGCAGGAUAAAGGUUUUCCAGUCAGCUUAGUUCAUUUCACUUGGAAAGCUCUGGAGCCUCACAUGCCGCUCUGCUCGCUAAGCCUCUUAGGAGGCACGACCACAGCAGAUGUAGGGAGAAUGCCAAUCAGGAGCUCCUGCUGCGCAGAGGCACCCGGCGGCUGUGCCACUGUCUGCGUCAAAUCUCUGCCGCGGCUCACAUAGCUUCAAACUCACCGUGCUGUUGUGCUGUUUACUGCGCAAAUAUCAGCCCUCAAGACGAUGAAGCGAGCAGAGGCCUGUCGGCAAAUCUAAAACCCGUUCAGUUCCGAAACCAGUUAUUUCUACGCUAUAGACAUGCUCCCUCAAGAUGUCGGGAAGCAGAAGCUCCGCCGCCGUGUGUCGGAGCCCAUGUGCGGAGGAGACUGCCCUCCUCUCCCGCCACGGCGCUUGAAGAACCGGGACUUCCCUCUUGGCAUGAAGCGCCGGAGAUCCGGCUCCGCACCUGAGCGCAAGGUGAACUGCGUCCUGGUCGGAGACGGAGCUGUGGGAAAGACCAGCCUCGUGGUCAGCUACACCACCAACGGAUACCCGACGGAGUAUGUCCCCACAGCGUUUGACAACUUUACAGUGAUGGUUGUGGUUGACGGAAAACCAGUGAGGCUGCAGCUCUGUGACAUGGCUGGACAGAAAUGGGGCCUGGUUGAUGGAUCAAUCAAUGACGAGUUGGAGCGUCUCCGGCCGCUGUGCUACAAAAACGCAGACGUCUUCCUCCUCUGCUACAGCGUGGUGCGUCCCUGCUCUUUCCGUAACCUGACAAACAAGUGGGUUCCGGAGAUACGUCAACACUGUCCCGGGGCGCCCAUAGUCCUUGUCGGCACCCAGGUGGAUCUGCGGGAGGACGUCCAGGUACUGAUACACCUGGCGCAGAACCAGGAGCGUCCGGUGGGCUCUGACGAGGGUCGGCAGCUCGCCCUGGAGCUCGGCGCCGUGAGCUUCGCGGAGUGCUCGGCGCUGACCCAGAAGAACCUGAAGGACACGUUCGACUCGGCCAUCUUGGCGAGCAUCGAGCAGACGGACAGUAUCGGCGUCCAGCAGCAGCAGAGACUGACCCUGAGCAGGAAGACGCCGGAAAAGAUCAAGAGCCUCUCGGAGAGCUGGUGGAGGAAGAUCAGCUGUCUGAUGGGGGAGCAGAGCUGUGAUUUCAAAUGAACACUUGGUACGUUUCGGUUGGAGCCAGCUGACAGACGGGAGCCAGAUGGACGAGGAUCAUCACCAGCACAACAAGAUCCAGAAAGAGUUCACAGACUGGCAGAGAAAAUUCACCCCUCACUUUUAGGGACUGUUCAACAAGUAGACAAGUAACCGAUGAAAUGAAACCAGUUAGAUGUUAGGAGAAGCUCUGAAAAGACACUUUAGAGGUCAGAGAGUGGAGUUGUAGAGUUUAGUUUAGUUUAGUUUUGUGGUUUCUCUAAGCUUCUCUAAAUGCAGCACAGAAGUAAGUUGAUUUCAAAAGAAUCCAAAAUUAAAUCGAAGUGCUAAGGUAUUAAUUAAGGUACUUCCUGCAAGAAGAAGUAGUGAAAGAGAAGCUGAGAAUGUAAAAGCACUUUCUACCUCCUCCAACGUACGUGCUGGUUUGCAGUGAUUAUUUUCUGUAUUCCUUCUGAAUCUGUCUCAGUGUUGUUAACCUCACCUACCUGAAGCUCCCUUGAAAAAACAAAAACAACAUACAGCUCUUAUUUGACCCAGCUGGUUUCUCACUUUUACACCCCAACAUUACUGGUACUUUGUUUGAUUGUUAGUUUGUAGACAAUUCUGAAGUUAUUAUUUAUUAUUUAUUUAUUUUUGACUGUCAUCGCUGAUCUUGGGCUAUGCUCAGAAGUCUCAAUUAAAAGUUAUUACACCUGUA